UCACACACACAGUCCCCUCCUCUUAAAUGUUAGUAGUGUACUCAACUUGCACACUACCUCCAGUACAGAAAAGACAAUUUUUUUCCCUCGCGUUCAAACGACAAUGGCGGACACCAUAAACGACGUCCCGGUCGUUUAUGUCGAAGUCGCGGGACCACACGACGAGAAAACCCCACGAACGCCGACGCCGCGCAGACUCAUUCAACAGGGAGGAAGAAACCCCUGAACGAGCGGAAGAGGAGUCCCUGGUUGCCAGAUUGGGAUCAGAUCACCGAGUAAUGCGAGCUAAUUUUAACGCGUAAGGGAAAUUGCUGGACCACACCGGACAGGCAGCUCUCAUUUUUGGAAGGCUGCACUGUUGUCAUUUGGACUUGGUUACAUUAAAUGGAAUGAGAAAGCCGAAUGAGGUUUAGAGAGUUGCUUGUGAUCUGGCAACCCUCAUGAAGACGCAGUAGCAGCUCUGUGUUGUCUGGCAUUCAUGAGCAUGCCAACGAAAAAAAAAAAAAACCCGGACUUGCCCAGCAGCAGCAGCAGCAGCAGCAUAUGAGGGUUUGCGAACAGAGCCUAGCCUUAUAUGCAUAACUAUAUCACGUCUUGGUGGCAUUCUGCAAAGGACUGAAGACGGUUCUGAAGAAGGAUAUUGGUUUGAUUUUUUUUUGUGUUUUCUUAUUUUUCGGUGCUGCGUUGAAGUGAAACUACGGGCCUGAGGAAAACUUUCCAUCCUAGUGUGGAAACAUUAUCGAACAUGGCUUUGACGUCUGGCUCCGUCAUGUUUUUUCUUCAACUCCGAAAAGAAAAAAAAAGUGAAAUGGGCUUAAAUUCGAGCAAGUCUCGUUAAAGGGAGAAGAGCAGAGGACGGAAAGACAAAGCUGUUGCAUAGUUCGGAGUAUAAAAAUAAGUUUGUCGGUGUGUUUGGGUCGGUGUCAUGUAGGCUAACGCGCUUCAGUUUACCUCAGUGUUAUUUUGGUAUUUUUGUCGCGUGCCAGAUGUGCGCGAGACCGCGAUUAGCCUCCAUGCUAAAACGGACUGUCGUUUUUUUUUCCCUCUCCCCCUCUUUAAACCGUCGUCUGAUUUUUCCUUUUUCUUUAACGCGUCAGUUUUAUUUCAUUUUUCCUUCCCCGACCAUUUUCUUCGACUCCUAAACCCAAUUUUAAGGCAGUCUGAGGAUUCUUGUUCGAGCUGAAGCGUUAUUUUUUCUAGAAAGCGGGAAUAUUAAGGGCUGAUAUCCGGAGUGGGAGUUCAGGAAAGGACGCGGCUCCUCGGUGGGAAACAGGCCCCUCUCUCUCUCACACUCUCUCUCUCUCUCUCUCUCUCUCUCUGCCUUCAACCCCAACAGCAAUGGCUAAAACAGGCUCAGCCUCGGAUACGAGGGAAACAAGCGAGCAGAAAUGCCUCCAUGUUCAGCUAGUGCUUGGUUCUUUACAGGGCUGUCCUGUUUAAGACCCCGGCGUCACACCGCGGAGACGUGAUCUGGGAAUAUUAAGGUCGGCUAAAAUUCCCUUUAAACUUAAAAACAGCAAUAUAUAUAUAUAUUUAACACGUUUCUACUUAAAACAGUUUUCCCCAAGGCUGUCUUCUCUCUCAGCAAUGCAGCACAUUACAGCCAGUUAUUUACAUCUAAACGGGUGUAGACGCUAAAUAUGAUAAAGGACACUUAUUUCACGGCGUUUCACACGGAAAGUGGAACGUGAAAUUCCGAUAGACGUCGAUAAACUACCGAAUUACACGUAAAGAAAUUUUUUUUAAAAAAGGGUUAUUAAUUUUCCAGGUUAUUUUUUCUGAGUGUGGGGAUUAAACACAGGGACGAUGUGUGUUGAUGCGAAGGCCAGAGCGGAUUCACGGCGCUCGAGCUUGGCGGAGGAAAAGUGCACGCGAAGUGCCUCAGCGCCACCGAGCCUGAUGGGAUCCGAGUGCUGACGUCAUCCACGCCUGGAUAAUGGACUGCUCAAGAGUCUGAGACGGUCCAUCACACACACACACACACACACACGAGAGAGAGAGAGCACGGAAAGACGUCUGUUCUGUGGCUGUAUUUGCUCAAAUCAUUUUGGAUCUGUUUUUCUUUUCAAAAGCCCCUUUCCCACCCACCUUCUCUUUCCGUUCCCUGAUUAUGUGACAGCUUUGUCGGGCGAGCACUUGUUGUCAUGGCAUCCCUACAACAGCAACAUCAGCAGCAGCAGCAGUCAGUGAAAAACACUGAGGUUAGUUGUGACAGUGGAGGAGGAGGUGUGAAUGUCCACAUUAGCGACGCACACUUGCAGAAGCGGGUUUCCGUGGAACAAGAGCCUUCGAGCUGGGGCGAAAGCGUGAGCGAGCAGGGCCCGACGGGAAGCGCCAAGCCCUCCAAAUACAGCAUCUCGUCCAGCUGCAGCUCGGGCGAGUCCGGGAUCCGCAGGACGGUGAUGAGCAGCCUGCGUGGCCACCGGACAGUUCCACAGCUCUUCGAGAGGUCAGCGGCGCAGUGCUGGGAUCCCAAGUUCGACUCCGCUACGCUAGAGGAGGCGUGCAGGGAGCGGUGUUUCCCACAAACGCAGCGGCGCUUUCGUUAUGUGCUUUUUUACUUGGCCGUAGCCACGUUGCUCUGGGGCUUGUACUUUGGAGUCAAUGGUUCCAGGUGCGAGGCCGCUAGCUUCUUGCUUCCGACAGCGACCUUCUUCAUCCUGUGCCUCCUCCUCCUCCUGUUCACUUUCUCCCGGCCCUACGUGUGGCUCUAUAACCAGGCCUCGCUGCUUCUCAUCGUUAUCACCAUUUGUAUCACUCUGGCACCGCAAAUGCAGGCUUCUGGUUUUGAUCGCUUCGAACGGCAGAGAAGCGACAAUCGGACACUACCUUCCGAGGUAGCUCCAUGUAUCUCUCCCGUGGGGACGUUUUCUCUGUGCAUGGAAGUGCUGCUGUUGCUCUACAGCAUGCUCCACCUGCGCCUCUAUGCCUCAGUGCUACUGGGGCUCCUGUACUCUGUGCUUUUUGAGACGCUCGGGUGGCUACACCUGGCCGGGAUGGGUGGUCAAGACACGGGAAAGUGGUUGGAUGGUGAAGCUCAGAGGUCAAGCGGAGAGGUGUCGUUGCUGUGGUUGGCACCUGGGAAAGUACUUCUUCACCUGUGUGCUCAUGCAAUUGGCAUACAUCUGUUCAUCAUGUCUGAGGUGCGUUCACGGAGCACCUUCCUGAAAGUGGGACAAGCUAUCAUGCAUGGGAAGGAGUUAGAGGUGGAGAAGGCGCUGAAGGAGCGCAUGAUCCACUCGGUCAUGCCGAGCCGGGUGGCCGACGAGCUGAUGAAGCAGGGUGACGAAGAGAGCGAGAGCUCCGGCAAACGCUACAGCGCCGGGACUUGCUCGGCCUCGGUGUCUGGCGCCGGUGCCACGUCCUCCAGCCCCAAGAACAACAAGCGCAAGAAGACUUCGAUCCCGCGCGGCCAGAUCAUCUUCCGGCCCUUCAACAUGAAGCGUAUGGAGCCUGUUAGUAUCCUCUUUGCUGACAUCGUAGGCUUCACGAAGAUGAGUGCAAACAAAUCCGCGCCCGCUCUGGUGGGUUUGCUGAACGAUCUGUUUGGUCGUUUCGACCGGCUGUGUGAGCUAACCCGCUGCGAGAAGAUCAGCACGCUGGGAGACUGCUAUUACUGUGUGGCAGGAUGCCCCGAGCCACGUGAGGACCACGCCUACUGCUGUGUGGAGAUGGGACUUGGUAUGAUCCAGGCCAUUGAACAAUUUUGCCAGGAGACGUCCGAGACGGUGGACAUGCGUGUAGGGGUGCACACGGGCACCGUGCUCUGUGGCAUCCUGGGAAUGAAGCGCUUCAAAUUCGACGUCUGGUCCAAUGACGUUAACCUGGCUAACCUCAUGGAGCAGCUCGGCGUGGCCGGGAAGGUUCACCUGUCCGAGGUCACGGCAAGCUUUCUGGAUGACCGCUACGAGAGAGAGGACGGCAGAGUGACAGAACGGGCCGGGCAGAGUGUCACUGAGCAGCUGAAAGGAUUAAAGACAUAUCUAAUCUCCGGGAAGAAGAUGGGUUCACAAUGCGGCUGUUCUCAGAACAGUCUGGGACGAGACAACACUGAAACACCAAGACCCUCCCCCCACACACACACUUCUGAACUCACACACUCUGCUACGGCUGACCACAAUAAGACUCCCUGUGUGUCCUGUACUGUAGUAGUGGAGGGAGCUGGGAAUUUGCCGGCUGAUGAGACGACACAAAAUGGCUGCCAGGAUGAAUAUAAAGCCAACAGCAGCAAGUUCCCAAAAGCAGUAAACGGGCUUCUCAGUCCGCUGUGUGAGGAGGCUGUCCGAGCGAGCCAGGCCUCCCUGUGCGAGAUGCUUGGGAAGGAUAGGAGUCUGGGGGCAGGGUCGACAGGGGGAGGUGGAGCCGGGACUGGAGGAGGUGGGGCCAUGGACCACUCUGCGUUAAUUCCGCUCCGCAGCAAAGGGUUCAGAGAGAAGAGCGAUGUGCACUUCGUGGAGGUCAUUAAGGAGGACAGCUUAAUGAAGGAUUAUUUCUUCAAGCCACCAAUCAACAAACUGAGUCUGAACUUCCUCGAGAAAUCCCUGGAGUCUGCCUAUCGUAAAAACUACCAGCAGGAGGUGAUAAGCCACACCCCUGUACAGACGUUUGCCAGUCCUGUGUUUAGCUCACUGCUGGACGUGCUACUGUCGUGCGCCGUCUUCCUCGCCCUCACUCUUGCCUGCUUCCUCUACCCGAUGGUUGCCAUGGAGAUGCCUCCUGCCACCACGUUCGGCCUGGCGGUGACCGCCGGUGUACUCGAGCUGGUUUCUCUCAUUCUGUCCAUUCGUAUGACCUUUUACCUGGACAACGUGUUCAGCUGUACUCAGUCGCUUCUGAAGCUGGUGUCAGGCUGGGUGCCCCGUCAUGUGGUCGGUGCUGUCCUCGUGUCACUUCCUGCCAUCUCGGUUUUCUCACACCUGGCCUGCAGCCUCCACCUGCACAUUCAUGUAAAGAUGUUCCUGUGCAGUGCCAUCAUCAUUUCCAUUAUCCAAUACUGCAAUUUCUGCCAGCUGAGUUUCUGGAUGCGCUCGGUUCUGGCCACUGCCACCGGAGUGUCUCUGCUCGCUGUACUCUACAGUGCCCCCACCGGGUCAAGGUCAGAAACCACACCACUCACCAGCAUCGGCGUUCCAAUGACUGGGAACUUGAGUAACAACAGUUCUGACAUGGGUUGGGCAAAUAAAUUGAAUCCUACAGCUCAAUCCUACCUCCUGGUUCCAGAGGCACUCUUGUCGUUCUUCCUGCUGCUUCUCCUUGUGUGGUUCCUCAAUCGUGAGUUUGAGGUCAGCUACCGCCUGCACUACCACGGCAACCUCGAGGCUGACAAGCACCGCAUCAAGAUCCAGACUAUGCGUGACCAGGCUGACUGGCUGCUGCGCAACAUCAUCCCCAUCCACGUGGCCGAACAGCUGAAGGUGACGCAGAGCUACUCCAAGGACCACGACAACGUCGGGGUGAUCUUUGCCAGCAUCGUGAACUUCAGCGAGUUCUACGAGGAGAGCUUUGAGGGUGGUAAAGAGUGUUACCGCGUGCUGAACGAGCUCAUCGGCGACUUUGACGAGUUGCUGCGUAAGCAGGCGUUCUCCAGCGUGGAGAAGAUCAAGACCAUCGGUGCGACCUACAUGGCAGCGUCCGGGCUAAACGGACGGCAGUGCCGCGAUCAGACGCAUCCGCACGCUCACCUGCGUGCCCUUUUCGAAUUUGCGCUGGAGAUGAUGCGAGUUGUGGACGACUUCAACAAAAACAUGCUCGGCUUCCAGUUCAAGCUGCGCAUUGGCUUCAAUCACGGACCGCUGACCGCUGGCGUCAUUGGCACCACCAAGCUGCUAUACGACAUCUGGGGCGACACGGUGAACAUUGCCAGCCGUAUGGACAGUACUGGUGUUGAGUGCCGCAUUCAGGUGAGUGAGGAGAGCCACGCUGUGCUUAGUGCGAUGGACUAUGCCUUUGAUUACCGUGGCACAGUGAAUGUCAAAGGGAAGGGGCAGAUGAGGACCUAUCUGUACCCCAAACUUAACGAGAGCGGGUCCAAACAAUCCUCAGAGCCCAUGAGCAAGGAAGAGAAUACCAACAACUUGCCUAACAAGGCACUCGCCAUCGCACCCAAUUCGACACCCGCACUAUCGUCUGCGGCCAAUCACAGUUGUUCCUCUUCUUCCACCGGCGCCUGUCAUAACAGCCGCGGUGUGCCACAGGGACCUAGCGUAGGCCCAUCUAAUUUGUCAGAAGAAUGGCACAAAGACACUUUCAGAGACCCUUUGCUCACAGGCAAGUCUUCGGAGAGUUCUCCUCCCGCACCAACGUUUGGUGGCACAAAGCCACCUUCAAUAGCACAGAUUAGUGCUCCGCUAGCCAGACCAGAGACACCUUUACGAGCUGCGGAAGAGGAGGAGGAGGAAGAAGAAGAAGAGGCAAAUGAACGCUCAAGGCUCCGAGUGGGAGAGAGGCUUUAAUCUGCCCCUGAAGCUGCUGAUCUUCACUGUCUAUCUGCCUCACUUCUUUGUUUUCUGGGGCAUGAGGGUAUAUAUUUCACUGAGGUUCACCUCCUGAGGUGCCUUAAUAAUCAACAUUAGAUGUAAGAGACCAAGCUGUUUGAGCUCCUGCUUAAAGAACUAUAACAUUAAAGUAAAGAAGGUUAUUUAGAAGGGGGGAGGGGAGGGGGGAUUCUGUGUGGAUCACAGUCUGGCACAAAAUGAAAGACAGGAAAAAGUCGAGCGGCGGUUUUUACGUUUCCGAGGUUCUCAUUAUUACAGUGGCGUGCUUUUUUAUGUUCGUUAAAGUGCCUUCGGUAAAGAUGAAUACUCGCACACGAUCAGAUAACUACGUGAACAAAUCGGAGAUGAUGGAACAAUGCUAGCAUGCCGUUUUUAAAGACUAUGACAACGGACAAUUCUGUGGUUUUUCGAUUUAUUUUCCUAAUACAGUUUUGUUAAUAUAUUGCAGUUAUUUUUUUUUUUUUUUUUUUUUUUGCUGUACUCAUUUCUUAAUUUCAGAAUAUGUGACCUUAAGGAUGAAAAAAAAAAAGUGCCAGUGGCUAGAAAUAAGCAGAAGUGUUGAAUCAUAAAUCAGGGGAAUUUCAUUUAAAUAGGUUAGAGCGUCGCUCUUGGGCAAUCAUUUCUUUGUAAGAAGUUUAAAAUUUCGAACUCUUAUUAAUUUUUUUUUUUUUUUUGCUAGGAGCAAGUCUGAGCACAGCUAUUCAACCAAGUUUUUUGCAAAAUGCACACGAAAAAAAAAUUUGAGGUGUUGAGGUUACCGUCUGCUGUCUAAUCACAAUCGUAGAGACGGUAACGGACGGAGUUUAUGGGCUACAACUGGCCUGUGCCAGUGUGAGAUAAUUGCUAGCAAAAGGGAAUAUAAGUAACGCACAAUACAACAGUAUCAGAAACACAGCCAAACACGUUCUAAUAGGCAUGUGCUGAGAAAAUGAUUUUUCAUUUAUCUGCUUUUAUUCGCAAUAAUAUUACCGUAGUGUGUUUUUCAGUUCACUACACAAAAAAAAAUUGUACCUCAGUUGGAACACCAGUUUAGUUAUUUAAAAAAAAAAAAAAAAAAAAGCUAAAAAUUUUCUCACAUGUACCGAAAACAGAAAAUACAUUUUAUUAAGCAAUGGAGCAUAUGAAGCUAUUUUGGUUAAAGAAACGCGUGUCAGUUUCUCAAACUCCUGUGAAGUCCUAAAAACUGCAAAACUCCUAUAUAAUAACAUUACAACGUCAAUAAGGAGUAAAUCCAGAGCGUUCCAGAUGUUUCACAUCGGUAUGAAGAGAUUACGAGGGCCAUAAUGAGUGCGCACUCUAAUUAAAGUGGGUCAAAAGACGCUAAGAAAAACGCCGGUCCUCGUUUCUUAAUUUCAGCGUAAAUAUUUUCCGUAGGCCAAACCGAACAAAUUGACAAAAGUUUUCCGUCUAGCCACGCCCACAAAACACUGAAGAGCUGAACGCGGCGACUAAACAGUGCCUCCUAAACACGGCGUGCGCUAAAUCUUCCUGCAACACGGUGCACUGGCUACCAUUGACGCACACUAACGCUUCCUUUAUUUCUUUUUAAUAGGGCGCCAUGUUAUUUCACUAUCGAAUAAGCGUAUAGUUGUUUUGAAGCAUCGAGGUUCACGUUAGUGAGUGUCCUUACGCGUUGAGUACAAACGUUUUUCCGAACUGAUCACAUUUUCGCGAACACCACGCGCGCUCCUGCGAAUGAUUUCUAAAUGAAUUAGUUGUGAUGUUUCUAAGUGAGGCCCGUUUUUGUCGAUUCAUUGGCGCUGAUGUAAUAAAGCCCUGACUUAUUUAUUGGCGCAAACCUACUUUUGUAUCUCGUUCACAUGAAGGGAGUAUGGUCAUAUUUUUUUCCUCAUCACCUUUUAAACACCAUCUCAGUGACUUCUCCUAGUUUGGUGGGAGUUUCCCCAUCGCCUUACACUUUACACUGUGCAGCGCUGUGCAGCAAUACAGUAAAAAGAAUCUCGGAUUCAUGAUAUUUCAGCCCGACAGCACAAAAAAAAAAAAAAAAUCACAUAACAGAAUACAGUAAAGGAAUCAUAAGGGAUUGUAAAAAAAAACAAACAAACAAAAAAACAGUGAAGCAUUUAGCCCAGUUAUUACUGUGAAUGAUUUUUAUUUGUUCUAAGAAGAAUUUCCUAUCGAUUGUUUUUUUUUUUUUUCUUCAUUCUUUCUGAAGUCGGUCGAAAGCGUUCUCUGAAACACGUCAGACGAGGACAAAACACUUAAGAUGUUCGACGCCGGAUAUAGGACGCGUCCUGUUUGAGUGGGAUUGAUUUCUCGGAUCGUGCCAGUAGCGUCCGGUGUCCGCGCUCUCUCCCGUGGCCUUGGGGUGGAACCUUUCUGCUGUAUCUGUGUGUUUCCAGUCGUGCCAUGUUGUUAUUAAAUGCGUUGCUCUCUUUGGUGGAGUGGAAUUUUUAUUUUCAUUUUUCUUUCUCCGGUGCCUUUUGUUUUUCUUUUCCUAUUUUUCCCCUCAGAGUGAGAGAAAGCGAUGCUGUUCUCGUCAAGCCUUUUUUUUUUUUUUUUCCUUUAAGCAGAUCUUGCUCUGUAGUCUUUCUGCCUCCCCCAACAUUCCUCUAAUCUACAAGGGAAUAAUCUUUUCUUUUAAUGGCAUUACAUUUCAAUCAUGUAGCAGAUUGAAACGUCGAUCGUUUGUUCUUCAGGAUCGAAAAGUAUCUGGUCCGAGCUUGAGCAGAAGAAGGACUCGCUCGCCGUCCUGUGCUUAUAGAAGAGUUCUCCGCCAUCACUGACAAAUCUGCUGGUCUGGAUAUAGGAACGUCAGAGCAACCUAAAGGCUAACCAGGGUUUGAAAAAUGCGAAAUGCACAGGGAUACUCGAUAUUUGAAGAUGAUUCAUUUAUAAUACGAAAGAUUUAACAAAAUGGAACACAAUGCGUAGGUGUGAUUCGAGCUACUUAAACGUUUUAGCCAUUUAUACACCGUUUGGUGUUUUCGAACCAUUUAAUUCCCGUUCUCGCUCGUGUUACAGCAGCUGUAAACACUGUACAUCACUCUGUAACAGUCAGGUAAAGCGUUUCCUGUCACUGGAGACUCCUUUCAGAAAAGUCUCCUUACAGAAAACAAGAAAAAUCGAAUUUUUACUCUUUGUUAAAUGAAAGCCGUUUCAAAAUCUGUAGCCAUCUCACUCUGAUCUCAGAUCAGUGGUUCUUCACACGUUCCUCGGUCCGGCAGCAGAUCCGUGUUGGUGAAAAAGUGGUGCUGGUUAACUGUAAUCUCUCUCCUGGGCUUCGAACCCACAGCCUUGUGGUGCAGAGCAUGGCAUUAUGACAGUAAAGUCAUUACAUUUGCUGCUCACAAGGUCCUAAGAAUUUCCAAGUUUUUUUUUUUUCCCUUCUCCAGAAAAACAAUCCAGUGCCUUUUUUUUUUUUCUUCUUUUAAUUUUUGUAUUUUUUCCUCUAGCACUUUCUCAGAAACAAAACGAAUCGUCUCCUGCAUCACUCUUAGAUUCCAGCUACAUGGAAAUAGAAAAUAAAUAAAUAAAAUAAAAGAUCAACACUGUGUAUCUUGAUAUGGAUAUAACUUGGGAUGGAUAAGGGAUUUCUUUGUUUUUGUUUGUUUUAAAUUGAUUAGUUGUAAUGGUGCACUGCUUUUUCUGACCACGCCACACUAAAGUCUGAGUCACUCCAGAUGUUUAUGUAUCACACCAUCAGCAAGGAAAUGUAUAAGAAAACAAAAAAUUUUAAAAAGGGAAAAAAAAAAAAAGCAAUGCAAGCUGACAGUAUUUAAAGGUAAUUACUCACUCAUGCCUAGCUCUCUGUGUUAGAGGUUUAUUUAUAUCUUUUUUUUUUUUUUCUUUUUUUUUUUAAGUACCAAAAUACGAAUCUUUUUGAUGUUGAACGGAGACGAGUGGGACAGUUCGAAUGUUUGGCACGCCAUUUUCACUCCAGCUUAACCCCUACCCGUGAGCUACGCCUCUGAUAGAGAAUAAAGGGAAUGAACUCGAGGUUGUAUCUCGAUACUGGUUGUAUCACUCCGUCGCUGACUGCGGGAAUCCACUUAGCCCUUAUCAGAUUUUGAAGUGGAGUCGCUCAGCCAUUUCUAAGGCGAGGCAUAAGUACAGGCUUAUAAACGAACUUCAAACUCUAGGCCACGCCCUCCGUCCGAGUCUGACGCCAACGUGGAGAGACUUAAUAUCACGUGUUGAAGAAGAGCGUCAAUGUGCUUUCUAUAGAUACAUGGCACGAAUGAUGUUUUUGUGUCGUUCCGAGGGCCGAUGAGGCGAUAAAUUACACAUGCUAACAAAAACAAAACAUGGCUUUUUCUUAUUGGCUUUAUCCACCAUGGUCUGCAUUACUAUAGUCCCGCCCUCUUGCUUUUUUUUUUUUUUUUUUUCCCCCCCCCAGAGGUCAAAGUUUAGAUUAAUUCGCCAUCAGUCUGUCUGAUGUUUUGCAUCUCAUUGGUGGACACUGUGACUUUUUAUUAAAGACACGCCCCCAAGUCCAUCAAAAAGAAGUUCCUGUCCUAUAUUAGAAAGUGGAUCAUGAAAAUCAUCAGCCAUAAACGACCUCGGCACAACACACCUCCGGAUGUUUUUCGUAGCGAGUUAGCAGUUGAGCUAACAACUCACGCUAGCCAGGUAGUUAUGACCCUGAGCGAAGUUUCAAGCAGUUCAUGCUAAUACUUCAGCACACGUUAUGCACUUAUCUGAUCCUCUAAGCUACUUGUGUAACCCUAACUCUAGGGGACGUCGGCGCGUCAGAAACAGUACCGGGACACGACGUUUGUAUAAAACCGUAAUUACGACAAGAAGCUAGCAUGCUAGCCAGAAAACCGGCUAGUAAACCAACUUGGAAGAUAUUUCCACGCACUAAACUCGCUCUUGCCAACGAUUCCAUUCGGGACGCGAUUUCUUUGCUGGUUUUCGAAGACCCGAGGUGUGAAUUUUAACGUGAACUUUGUUGAAUCCAGACAGGACAGAUCUGUAGAAAAGUCGUGCCUUUAUGUUGGAAGCUGAUUAAAUAUCUUAAAUGAUGAAUUUGUGUGUGUAAAAAAAAAAUAUAUAUAUAUAUAUAUGGAUUAGGUUUUUGGUGUGGUACCAAAGGCGAGAAACAACAAAAAAAAAAAAAGUGCCAUCAAAUCUACCUUUUUAUUAAAUGAGUAUUAUAUAUUUGCCAUAUGGGAGGAUGUUUUUAUGUGAACCAAAGAGAUCUGACAAAUUUAUUUUGCCUUCGAUGUUUAUUUUCCUCUGUGUGUGUGUGUAGUAUAUGUCACAUGCUUGAAUAUGAUUUUAUUAUUAUUAUUAUUAUUUUUCCGUGCACAUUAUACAUUUAAUCCCUACAUGAGCAUAAUCUGUAUACAUUUGCACAAUUCACUUUGUAUGUACAUAUCCAUAUGUAUUUUCUUUUUUCUUUUUUUUCUUUUUUUUUGGAAAAUUUCAAGAUUGAAAGUACAUGUGCAUGUGCCAGAUUUGGAGAGCAGGAAAAAAAAACAAUGCAAAAAAAAAAAAAAAUAAGCUAUUGUCACUGGUG